UACUACAGGGAAAGAUCUCAUCUAUAUUAAUGCUACAGACAUAAAAGAAGAAGAAGAAACAGAUGUGAGCAGUGAUGAGCAGUAUAAUGAGAACAUUCCUACAGGGAAAGAUAUGAUCUAUAUUAAUGCUACAGACAUAAAGGAAGAACAAGAGACAUAUGUAAGCAGUGAUGAGCAGUAUAAGGAGGACAUUUCUACAGGGAAAGAUCUUAUCUAUAUUAAUGCUACAGACAUAAAGAAAGAAGAGGAAACAGAUGUGAGCGGUGAUGAGCAGUAUAAGGAGGACAUUCCUAUAGGGAAACAUCUGAGCUCUAUUAAUGCUACAGACCUAAAGGAAGAAGAAGAGACAGAUGUGAGUUGUGAUGAACAGUAUAAGGAGGACAUUCCUACAGGGAGAGAUCUGCUCUAUAUUAAUGCUACAGACAUAAAGAAAGAAGAAGAAGAGACAGAUGUGAGCAGUGAUGAGCAGUAUCAGGAGGGCAUUUCUACAGGUAACUGCACAGAUUCUUGUAGCAGGAGAUCAGAGGAGAAUCUUAUAUCUUCAGAUUAUAAAGCAGAUGAUGAUAUCACACAAGAUACAUAUGAAGAACAUUCCAUUAUCCCAGAUACACCCUCAGCCCUUCACAGCCAAGAUCUCUCAUCUCAUCCUUAUAUACAGGUCCUGUCUCCUCAUUCAUCACAGGAUGUUCAGCAAAAUAAAAGUCACAGAAGGGGUGUUGGACAUCAACGAGCUCAUACAGGAAAGAAACCAUAUUCAUGCUCAGAAUGUGGGAAAUGUUUUACUAAGAAAUCAGAUCUUGUUAAACAUCAAAUAACUCACACAGUGGAGAAGCCAUUUUCAUGUUCAGAAUGUGGGAAAUAUUUUCCUUUUAAAUCAGGUCUUGUUAUACAUCAAAGAACUCACACAGGAGAGAAGCCAUUUUCAUGUUCAGAAUGUGGAAAAUGUUUUAGUCAGAAAUCAGACCUUGUUCAUCAUCAAAGAACUCACACAGGAGAGAAGCCAUUUUCAUGUUCAGAAUGUGGGAAAUGUUUUCCUUUUAAAUCAGGUCUUGUUGUACAUCAAAUAACUCACACAGGGGAGAAGCCAUUCUCGUGUUCAGAAUGUGGAAAAUGUUUUAGUCUUCAAUCAAAUCUUGUUCAACAUCAAAGAACUCACACAGAGGAGAAGCCAUUUUUAUGUUCAGAAUGUGGGAAAUGUUUCUCUCACAAAUCAAGUCUUGUUAAACAUCAAAUAUCUCACACAGAGGAGAAGCCAUUUUCAUGUGCAGAGUGUGGGAAACAUUUUGCCCAGAAAUCCUAUCUUGUUGAACAUCAAAGAACUCACACAGGGGAGAAGCCAUUUUCAUGUGCAGAAUGUGGGAAAUGUUUUGUUCAGAAAUCAGAUCUUGUUAAACAUCAAAGAACUCACACAGGGGAGAAGCCAUUUUCAUGUGCAGAAUGUGGGAAAUGUUUUUCUCAGAAAUCAGACCUUGUUGUACAUCAAAGAACUCACACAGGAGAGAAGCCAUUUUCAUGUUCAGAAUGUGGGAAAUGUUUUACUCAGAAAUCAGAUCUUGUUCAUUAUCAAAGAACUCACACAGGAGAGAAGCCAUUUUUAUGUUCAGAAUGUGGGAAAUGUUUCUCUCACAAAUCAAGUCUUGUUAAACAUCAAAGAUCUCACACAGAGGAGAAGCCAUUUUCAUGUGCAGAGUGUGGGAAACUUUUUACCCAGAAAUCCUAUCUUGUUGAACAUCAAAGAACUCACACAGGGGAGAAGCCAUUUUCAUGUGCAGAAUGUGGGAAACGUUUUGCUCAGAAAUCAGAUCUUAUUAAACAUCAAAGAACUCACACAGGGGAGAAGCCAUUUUCAUGUGCAGAAUGUGGGAAAUGUUUUACUCAGAAAUCAGACCUUGUUGUACAUCAAAGAACUCACACAGGAGAGAAGCCAUUUUCAUGUCCAGAAUGUGGGAAAUGUUUUUGUUUUAAAUCAGGUCUUGUUGUACAUCAAAGAACUCACACAGGAGAGAAGCCCUUUCCAUGUUCAGAAUGUGGAAAAUGUUUUAUUCAGAAAUCAGACCUUGUUGUACAUCAAAGAACUCACACAGGAGCAAAGCCAUUUUCAUGUGCAGAAUGUGAAAAAUGUUUUGCUGAUAAAUCACAUCUUGUCAGACAUCAAAGGAUUCACACAGGAAAGAAGCCAAUUUAGAGUAAUAUAUAUUGACAAUGUGCACAGGAUAGUUGACAGAUAUAUAUAUAUAUAUCUAUGUUUUUUAUUUCAACAACAAUUAAACAAUUAUA